UAGUGGGGACAUUUUAAAUUAGCAAACUGCUAAAGGGGGCGUAAAGUCGAGAACCAAGAGUUGUUAUUUCAUAUGUUAUUUAUAAAUUAAACGUUUACAUUUAUAUAUUAAUCUAAGCAUAACAUGUUCAAGAGAAAAAACACAUGAGGACAGAUUUGAUUCAGAUCAGCUGCCCCUGUUUAUCACUUCGCAACGGCCACUUCACAGACUCUUCCUGUGGCCCCGCCCUCCCGAGAUGACUGAUGCCCAAAAGGCCAACGAGCUCCCAGAAUGCCCAUCAGAGGACGGGGCUACCGCUGUGGAGCAGGACAUGCCCCUGAGACAAGAAACCACGCCCACCAGCUCUCCAACUUGUGAAGAGCCAAACAGCAUACAGAGUCCUGACAAAGAGCCCGCCCCCCUCCUCUCGAUGCCAUGCUUACUAAAGGAGCUUCACAGAGACUCCGCCCCCGGGCAGAUGCAGGAAACCGAACCUACUUCGACCACUUGCCCACAAGAAGACAGCGACUCCUCCGUCUGCCUGCGGUCGCCAUCCUCCUCCGGUCACCUGGGCGAUUCGGACACGCUUUCGUCGGCGGAGGAAGUGGCCACUCCCACCCAAGCGGCAGGCAGGAAGUCGCGCCGUUCGCAUUCUGAGAGCGACACGUCCACUGUUGCCAUGGCAGCCAAGAAGAACCGCUGCCAGGUGAAGCAGGUGAACGGGCGCGUUCGUGUCAGGGGUCCACGCAGCCAGAAACAGAAACAGCGCAUGAGACAGUUGCGGCAGAAGCGGGAGGCAGCAGCCAGACGCAAACCGGACGUGCUCCAGGACAGCAGCACCAGCGACAGUGACAUCACAGCCCACUCUUCAUCAUCAUCGCCAUUAACCGCCUCGUCUGACAAUGAGGGCGAGACAAUCAACUCUCAUGCACCAGUGGGUCCUGCAGUGGUUGGUCACUAUGAUAUUUCAGACACACACUCUGAGCAGGAACAGCAGUCAAACUCGCUCUCAGGUGCUGUUGAGGUGCAGCCGUCUCAGGUGAACCCGGCCUCCACAGACAGUGAGGUGGAGAUUGUCGGAGUUCAGGAGAAUGCCAGUGUUGUCUCAAGAUUUCCCCGUGGUGGCGUGAUCCAAUCCAUUUCUUCCUGGAAACAAAGAGCGCCGCCUCAAUGGACGUCCGUCUCCGCCCAGUCCGGCUGGGUUCCGCCUCCUGAGGUGGUGGACCUGACGCUGGAUGAAGACAGGCACAGAUAUCUGCUGUGAUCAGAUACAUGCACACACACUCUCAUAAACGUGAUUGGUGGGCUGAGUGACUCGAUACAAUACAUUAAAUGUCACUGCUGGAUUUCAUAACACAGACAAAAGGUUCAUGGUUCAAAAAAGUGUUUAGAUAACGAAAGCGGUCACUGUUGUAUACACUUUGAUAUAUCUGAAUAUUUAUUUGUCACUGUGAGACUGCAACCCGAGUAAACUAUGUCUGUUUUUUAUAGGUCGGUUAUGAUUAGAUGCAUUCUUUACUACGAUCUUCACAUUAUUAGGUCGGGGUUCAAAAAUCCUAUUUGUAAGAUAUUUACAAAAAACCUUACUUAAAAAAGCGUUCUGGGGCUUCUUUACAGAAAUAAAUACGGAUUGUGAAAUGGUCAUAAAACCUUCCAAGAACAUAGCCCAGGUCAUAUUUUACCCCAAAACCAAAAGAAAAAAAUAUUCAGAAAAACUCAAUUUAUUCUGCUUUGUGUUUGUGGUUGAUUUUGUAUAAUUGACAUGAGUUAAAUUUUGGGGGGGUUAUUUUCCCAAUGCAUCUAUUCUUCUCAUUAUGCGAUAAAAUAUCAACUUUUUAGAAGAUUCACACAAAACCUGUUGAUUCAGACUUCAGUUAAUCACUAAUUCAAGGAUGCUUUGUCUGAUCUUAAGAUAAAGUUUUGAGUCACUUUGGUCCCCUCCAUCCCAAGAUAACACCGGCACACACGUAAUUCUGCUGUCCGCCUCGGGAGCCACUUGCUGAUACGUCCCAACCAUGCCCCUUCCUGUUUUUAAUGAUGUCAUUUCCUGUCAAGCUGCUAGCGAACCUGUUAGCCGAGAUGAAUGCAAACCUGCUGGUCUUACUGUGACCGUUGCGAACGCUCAGUGUGUGUGUGCGUGUGCGAACCGGAUCAAUCAUUUAAUGCUGCUGUGUGAGGAGAAGCCUUGAAGUGUGUGUUGCUUAUGUUUGUGUGUGUUUAUCCUGAGCACGUUUGUCUUAAAUAUCAUGCAUUGUCAUAGAAACCGGCCCUCGCUUUUAUUAUGCCAGUGGUGUUUUUUAUUCAGAUAUCUAUUUGUGAAUACAAUCAACGUGUGACGACAAAUUUUGUUUUGGGGUCUAGACUUCUCUAAGCAAUUUAACAGCAACUUGGUUUUCUAAACGUGUUUGUACAUCAUGCUUCCCCGGAACCCCGCUGAAACUAUUUAUUAAUAUUUGCUAUGUGUUUUACUUGAUGUUACAUAUACGAAACUACGUUUGAAGAGCAAUAGGCAUCUUGAACACAGCAAAUUAAAGGAAUAGUUCACCAGAAAUGAAAAUUGUCAUCGUUUGCUCUUCCUCAUGUCAUUUUGAAGCUUUUCUUUACUAAACAACAUGUUUUGAAGAUUCCUCGCACUUAAUAUACAAUGAAAGCAUAAAAAAGCAUUUGAUGAACACAUUCUUCAAAACAUUUGUCUUCCGUGGCGGAAAGGCAGAAUUUUCAUUUUGAGGUGCACUGUUUCUUUAAAUUGUACUUAUGGCAAUAUGUUCAGUCUGUAUGAGAUCAAAUGAGAAGUUUAAGUUCUAGCAAGAACAUGUUUUGCAUUUCUUCCUCGAGAUUAUUAUUUGUCACACCACUGUGUAUGAGUAACACUCACUACCUGAAUGUGAAUUAUUUCGCUUCAUCCUGCUUCAGUCGACCUCUGACCCUUUAAGAGAUUCACUGGUGGCUGUGAUAAAUGUUUUGAGUCACUUAGCCCCACUGAAACUGAAACUGUGACCUGUCCCUUUAAGAGAGCUUCUAUCUUGGGCUUCUUUAUAAAGUCACAUUGAGCGACGUGUUAAAAAAGGGAACUGGUUAUUUCAAAGCAAGAACGUUUUAUGUGAAGAGCGUUUCUAUUAUGCUUUGACGUCCAUCUUUAAACUCCCAGAUCUGCUGUCAUGUGUUUAAUGAAGAAGAAGAGAGUUUAGUGGACACGUGUGGUGACUGAAGACACUAAACCCAGAAUGUGUUUCAUCUGUGUGAUCAUUGGAGCUGGUUUGGAUGUUUCUGUUUCCUGUAAAAUGAAACAUCUGCGUUGUGUUGUAAACAUUUUAUUGGAUUGGUUGUGUGUCAUCCUAACAUUUCCCACUCUUCCAUUAACCCAACCGUUGGGCUUCUUGUACUACCGGUUGUUUAAAACUAUUUUGGAGUUGAAAACUGUUGUCCAUCACACAUAACGGUAACUCAUUUAAAGGAACAGUUCAUUUACAGAUGAUGAUCAUUUGUUCACCCUCCUGUCGUUCCAAACAAAUGUUUUUUUCUUUCAUAAAACACAAAAUGAGAUUGGUAUGAAUCACAAUGCACUUCUAAUGUAUCAACAUAUUUAUGCUUAAGUUUAGUUUUUAUUAGAGCUGUCAAGCGAUUAAUCGCAUCCAGAGUAAAACUUUGUGUUUACGUAAUACAGUGCCCUCCACUAUUAUUGGCACCCUUGGUAAAUAUGAGCAAAGAAGGCUGUAAAAAUAAAUCUGCAUUGUUUCUCCUUUUGCUCUUUUAUACAAACAACUCUACAAAAUUCCAACAUUUCAUUAAAGGAAAACAAUUUGAAGUGAACUGUAUAUCACAUUAUGAAAAAAUGUUUUUCUCUAAUACACCCUGGUCACAAUUAUUGGCACCCUUGUAUUCAAAACUUUCUGCAACCUCCAUUUGCAUGAAAAACGGCUCCGAGUCUUUUCUUUUAUGUCUGACGAGGUUUGAGAAUAUAUGGCAAGUCAUCCGAGUCCAUUCCUUCAUACACAAUCUCUUAAGAUUGCUCUCUUAUCUUCCGUUCAUCCCACUCAUUUUCUAUAGUGUUCAGAUCAGGGAACUGGGAUGGCUAUGGCAGGAUCUUGAUUUUGCGUUCAGUGACACAUUUUUUGUUGAUUUUGACCCAGUGUGCCGUUGGAAGAUCUAUGAUUCCAUGUAUCUGAACAAGAUGUCCAGGACCUCUGGUAUAAAAGUAGGCAGAUUAAUAUUGUGGAGUUUAUUUUUGCAUGAGAGCAGGUUUCUUUCUUGAACAGUGUCCCAAACAACUUGUGGUGAUCGAGGUGCAGUUUUCCUUUAUUAUUAUUAAAUGCUUCGGACCCCAAAAUUCAACCGAUUACGGCAAUUUUCCAUCUGUGAUCUUUGAAGAGUCAUUGCCCUGAUGUUGGAAAUUUGAUUUUAUUAACUAUUUCCUUAAAGCCAUUUUGUGUAGUUCAACAGAGCUAUAUUGCACAUCAGAACUAUGUUCUUUGGUUUUAUCCAUUGUGAAAAAUGAUUACGGGGGUUUGGGCUUUGUGUUAUUAAUAUUAAAUAACAACUGUGCAACAAGAAGUCAUGACUGGACAACAUCAUGUUUCUAGUCACCUUGGUGUGCUAAGAAAAUGUAAAUAUCAAUGGGAAUAUACUUGGGAGAUAUUUCACUCAUAAGAAUUUCUAAGGGUGCCAAUAAUUGUGACCAGGGUGUAUUAGAGACAAAUAUUUUUUUCAUAAUGUUAUAUAUUCCGCACUUCUAAUUGUUUUACUUUAAUGAAAUGUUGGAAUAUUGUAGAUCUUUUUUAUAAAAGAUCAAAAGGAAAAACAUUUUUACAGCCGCCUUUGCUCAUAUUUACCAAGGGUGCCAAUAUUAGUGGAGUGCACUGUAUAUGUCUGUGUACUGUGCAUAUUAAAUUUGUAUUUAUAAACAAAAAACAUACACAUGCAUGUAUAUGUAUUUGGGAAAUAUUUAGAUGGUUUUAAUUAAAAUGACCAAAAACUAAAAUUAUAUAUAAACGUUUGUUAAUUUUUCUUAAAUAUAUACAUGCAUGUGUAUGUUUUUGUCUUUACAAAUGCUAAAUUAAUAUGCACAGUACACAGACAUAUUAUGUAAAAACGGACUUUAUUCUGGAUGCGAUUAAUUGUUUGACAGCCCUAGUUUUUAUACAUUUCAGUGCACCUUAUGCAUGUUAACAAUUGUCCAUGCACAUAUCUGUAUUUAUUUAUUUAAAACAAAAUAGACAUGUGCACAUUGUUGGACACUUUUGACUGUGCAUUCACACACUUUAAGGAUGAAAUUUACGCAAAGAGUUUCCAGCUCUAAAAAGGGUAAAAAUGUACCGUAAAGUAGAUGAUUAGUCCAUUGUAUUCAAAGUUUCUUGAUCGAUAAUAAUCAAAACAUGUUUGAAAACUUUGACUGCAAUUGAGGAUUUACAGCCUAUGGAAAGAUUUGGGAACCCAUGGUGUUUAGCUUGUGUGACAGUAAUCGCCAUCCACUUUUGAAAAAUAGAAAUUUUCUGCCCAUUUAUGUUUAAUGUCAUAUGAGGGUGAGUAAAUGAUGGAGAAUCUUGUCUUGAAUUGUUCCUUUAAGAAUUUCCAAAAUUGGGGUGACUUGAGUUUAAAGUCACAAGGCCUCCAUCAUCAUUCUGCUGGUUUCCAGUAAUGUAACUUCAGUUCUUGCUGGGAUGUUUAGUGGUUAGUUUUGGAAGUGUUUAAAGCUUUAUAAACAGCAAUAACAACCCAUCAGACGUCCUGAUUCAUUAUGGUUGCACUUAACGUAACUCACCUGACGUGAGGAGGAUGGAGGAACGGUUUUUGCAUUCGACAAAAGCUGUCCCUUUAAUAAUGUUACUCUGUUCUGUUCAUUUUAUUUUGACAGUAUUUUAAACAGCAAAAAGAGUGUUGAUAUUUGCUUCAGCAAGGGUUUCCUCCCUUCAACAUUUAUGUAGAAUAAAAUGAACCUAUUUUAAGAUGAAUAAAUAGAGAUAUUUAAAGA